CGGGCGGAGCAGAAGAGGGUCGCGGCGGGGCGGAAGGGGAAGUUGGCGUCCCUGGGAGCUGCGGGAUCUUGUGGCCGUAGGGGCUUCGCUUUAAGCAGUGAUCAGCAUUCCAAGAAGAGAGACCAACUUGCAAGGAAGAAUGGAACCGAAACCGGAAAUGGCAAGUUGUGUUUUGAAGACAUCACCUAUCCCUAUGAAGACAAAGUUGCUACAACAAAUAGGAUUGUCACUUUAUAAUACCUCUCAUGGCUUCCAUGAGGAAGAAGUGAAAAGAAAACUUGAGCAGUUUCCUGGUGGAUCCAUUGACCUUCGGAAGGAAGACAGUGGCAUUGGCAUUCUUACUCUGAACAAUCCAAGUAAAAUGAAUGCCUUCUCAGGUGUAAUGAUGCUACAAUUUCUGGAAAAAGUGAUUGAGUUGGAAAAUUGGACAGAGGGGAAAGGUCUUAUUGUCCACGGAGCAAAAAAUACUUUCUCCUCAGGAUCUGAUCUGAAUGCUGUGAAAGCACUAGGAACUCCAGAGGAUGGAAUGGCCCUAUGCAUGUUCAUGCAAAACACCUUAACAAGAUUUAUGAGACUUCCUUUAAUAAGUGUUGCACUAGUUCAAGGUCGGGCCCUGGGUGGAGGAGCAGAGGUUACUACAGCGUGUGAUUUCAGGUUAAUGACUACCGAAAGUGAGAUCAGAUUUGUCCACAAGGAGAUGGGAGUAAUACCAAGCUGGGGAGGUGCUACCCGGCUAGUUGAAAUAAUUGGCAGUAGACAAGCCCUCAAAGUGUUAAGUGGGGCCCUUAAGCUGGAUUCAAAAAAGGCUUUACAAAUAGGAAUGGUUGAGGAGGUCUUGCAGUCUUCAGGUGAAACCGAAUGUCUCAGAGAGGCACAAGAGUGGCUACAGCAGUUUAUCAAAGGGCCACCAGAAGUAAUUAGAGCUUUGAAAAAAUCUGUUUCUUCAAGCAAAGAGCUUUGUUUAGAGGAGGCAUUACAGACUGAAAGAGAUCUUUUAGGAACAGUUUGGGGUGGACCCGCAAAUUUAGAGGCUAUUGCUAGGAAAGGAAAGUUUAAUAAAUAGUUUUAAAAAAUAUGUACUGCAAGUAAAACUCCAAUGAUUAAUAUGUAUAAAAGUUAAAUGAUAUUAAAUAUGAAUGUCAAAACUA